AUGAAAGGCCCCUGCGAGACAGCCAUGGUCAAGUCCCUGCUACUGUUGAUGUUGGGUCUUCUUGCCAUCCUGAGUGGUGCAGCUGCUCGUAAGAACCCCAAAACAGGGGUUACUGCCUCCCGGAAGGCUGGGAAUUGCCCUCCUCUGGACGAUAAUAGUGUGAGAGUUGACAUUCGUAUCUUCAAUCAAAACCAGGGCAUUUCUGCUCCACAUGACUUCCAGAACCGCUCCAGCUCCCCGUGGGAUUACAACAUCACCCGAGACCCCCACCGCUUCCCCUCAGAGAUUGCUGAGGCCCAGUGCAGAUACUCAGGCUGCAUCAAUGCCCAGGGGCAAGAAGACAGCUCCAUGAACUCCGUUGCCAUCCAGCAAGAAAUCCUUGUCCUUCGGCGGGAGCCCCAGGGCUGUUCUAACUCCUUCAGGUUGGAGAAGAUGCUGGUAAAAGUUGGCUGCACCUGUGUCACCCCCAUUGUCCACCACGCUGCCUGA